AUGGGACUGCCGCUGCUGCUGGCGGCCCCGGCCCUCGCCGCCGCGCGAGGCGGGCUCGCCGUCGUCGUGCCGCUGACGGCGGCGCCGCGCGACCUGGCGCGGCUCCGCGCGACGCUCGGCCGCUGGAACACGCCGGACUUCGCGCCGUGCCGGCUCGACGACCGCGCGACCCCGGCGGCCGCGCACGUCCGCCGCGACUGCGGCUUCGCGCCGGAGAAGCGCGCGCACGAGCCGCCCGCCCUGAUCUUCUACGCGAACCGGCGGUGGCACGAACACGUACGACGGGACGUCGGGGCGUGGCUUGGCGCCGCGGCGGCGUGCUUCCAGCGCGUCGAGUUCCGCGCGGCGAACCUGACCGCGGCCGAGGACGGCUACCCCUACGGCGCGUCGCACGUGUUCUACGCCGUCCACGCGGACAUGUUCGCCGACCGGCGCGUGCGCCACUUCUUCUACACGGAGCCGGACAACGCGCCCAUCCGGGCGCGCUGGGCCGACGCGCUCCAGGCGCUGGUUCAGACGGAGCGGUUCUGGGUCAAGGGCUCCGCCGUGCGGGGCCCCGUCAAGGUCGACGAGUGGGUCAUCCGCCACGUCAACGGCAACGCGCUCUACGACGCGCACGACGCCGAGUUCCGCGCCGUCGUGCGCGAGGCCUCGCGCGCCGCGCCGCGCAUGCACGCGCGGCUCGAUCCCUACGACCUGGCCCUCGCGGCGUACUUCCACGACCCGUGGUGCCCGACGGGCCGCCACUGCGCGCCGACGACGAGCGUCGCGUGGCGGCGCGAGCGCCUGCACCUCUACCGCUUCGCCGAGUUCGCCGCGAACCACCACGACGCCGUCCUGGGCGUGGCCGCCGCGCGGCGCGCGUACCCGUGCGCGCUCUUCGUCCACGGGAACCGGACAGCGGUCAACGCCGACCGCGCGCGCGGCGUCUCGCCGAACGCGGUCAUCAAGGCGCGGGAGCUUGCCCGCAAGCGGGCGCGCGUCGCGCGCCGCGCCGCGCGGCGCGGCCGCGGCGUCGUCGCGGGCGCCGUCGCGAGCCUGCUUGCAGUCGUCGCCGCGCGGCGGCUGCGCGGGAGUCGCGGCCGGGGAAGGCCUUUGUUUGUGUAUAGCUCCGGGGCUGGUUGA